CGGAACUUGUCCGCCCCGGCCAUGAUCUCACCAUGAUCGCCGCAGCAAUGCCAUCCGAAGAACCGGCUGCUGCCAGUACUGCUGCUGCUGCUCCAAGCAGGAACCAGGAGCCGUGCGCAUUCAUCGCCAGCGUCGAAGCAAAUCCAGGCAUCGGGCCGUGCUCAACCACAGGAUCGCUUGGCACCCGCAAACAAAAGCGAGCCGAGAAGAAGAAGAAGGCACGAUCCGAGUGGAGGAAGGCCUUGGCUCUGCAUCGCAUCCAGCUUGGCAGUCAGGAUCCUACUCCAGAGGAGAUCCAGAAGGAGGCUGAGGAAUCCAAGAAGAGGGCCGAGGAGGCACUCAGAUGGGAGCUGAAGGAGAAAGAAUACGAGCAUCAGAACCGCAUCCGUGCCGCAAAGGAAGAGCAGGAGCGGCUCAAGCGCGAGAAGCGGAUGCAGAUCGAGGCUGCAUGGAAAAGCGCACUCGAAUCGAUCAGGAUCGCCUCGAGCAAGCAAGCCGAAUCCAAAUCACAUCAUCAGACAAGCACACCGCCCUCGGUCAAAGUCGGGCGGCAUGAUGUGCGCUCCAGUCCUUCGCCGGUCCAACAGACAAAUGCCAGUGUCCCUCCUGGUGACGCUCCCUUGACGAGUCCAGCAGAUGAUCCACCGUCCAAGGCAGCGACAUCAUCCCAGCCAGCUGCUUGCAUGUUUCACCAGCGCACAGGGAAUUGCCGAUUCGGCCGCAAAUGCAAUCGGACACACAAUACUCCCUUGGUGAGCCGAUUCAUCCUGGUUCGCGAUCUCUUCCUCAGCGACCUCUUGCCGGAGCUGGGCUACGACUCAUCAAUAGGCCAAGGCUCGAGGGACCAAGAGGCUGAACUGAAGGCACAAUACGACGACUUUUUUCGAGACGCAUAUCCCGAGUUUCGGCGUCUUGGCCCCAUCGUUGUCAUGAAGGUCUGUCGCAACCAAUUGCCCCACUUUCGUGGGUGCGCCUAUGUCGAAUACCAGCAUGAGGCCGAUGCCUGCCAAGCAUUCACGACAAUGAACGGACGAUUCUACAAUGGGAGGCGGUUGACAUGCGAGUUUCUUCCGCACAUCGACUGGUGGCAAGCCGAGUGUCGUAAUGUCCCGCAUGGUGGCAAGUGCAAUUACCUGCAUGUGUUUAGAAACCCAAGGCUCUCUGAAGCCGAGCCCCAAGGUCUGCGAAGAGCCAAUGAGGCGAGCGACCACAGCUCCAGCAGGCACAAAGAAUCAUCCUCGCCCCGCCCGGACCGACCAUCCAAGCGGGCACACUACCAUCUCCCGAGGCGACACAGUCGGGAGGAGAUACGCCCACCGCGGAGGCUGCAGUCGCGGAGGAGGUAGUGCACCGGAGUGUCGAUUGGUCUGCUGCUAAUGCUUGCUGUAACACCUAGUUGCUGUGAUGGAGACACUGACAGAGCCAAGUGACCAUCCCAUCGUCACGAGAAUAGACCGCCGGGGAGGGGAACAGAGCACGAUCUUUGUGUGGAGUUGUAAUUUGCAAGGGGUUAUCGAUGUGUACCCUAUUUUCCUUGUUACUUGCCGUCAUUCUUCGAUCAUCAUCCUUGGGCGACAGUGUUGCUGGCCUCUAUAACCAUCUAUAUCGCGCCGUCGGCAUCUUCGCAUCAGCCGGUCAGUCCGAAUGAGCACAGUUCAUUGACUGAGAGCAUUCGCGGACACGUUGGGUGAACAUGCGUAUAUUCUGAACA